CAGGUGCUCGAAGUCCGUACACUUUUACAGUGUGUGUUUGCCGAGCUGAAACUCACGCUAGCAAUGAUCACUUGCCAGAAUCCUGCUCGUGGAUGGAAGGUAUCUUGUCCAAGUUUGUUCUGAGGCCAGGCUCGAUUGAACCAGGCCAUCUUUCGAUCCGAUCUGUUUCUCUGGAGUUCGCUCAUUUUUCAUAUCAAAUUUUGGUGUCGCAGAGGGUACUCUAAGUCCGUACUGAUCAGAGGUGACUCGAAAUACACACAUAUUUCUGCUAAUUGCUAACUUGCAAUCCCUCGGUUACGACGAAAGUACCGAAGGGAUAUGUUUGGCAUGUGCCUCCACCAGUAUUUCUUGCAAAAGCGUAGUUUGUUGCCGCAAUGCAAGCUGUUUUUAGUCGGCUCAGAGAAGAAGCAGCUGCGCUGUGAAAACCGCGGGAAAACAGUGGUGGAGAUGCCAGGAGUGUCAACCUUUCUGCAAGGAUUGUUGGUUCUCUGUAAAUUCUUCUCCUCUGGCCAUUGUCUGCUCUAAGCUGGCUCUUGAUGAUUGAGUGAAGGUCUGUUUGACGCUGUGUCCGUUCGAAAUCGGUCUUGGCAAAGUUGAUUUUUGCAUGAAAUGUAACCCAAUUUGUAUUCGUAUGGACACUCGAAAACCCACUCCCGGGCCCGAUCCCGUGGUAUGGGACUUCUGCUUAUCGUAGAUCCCUGAAAAUUGGUACGCGAGGAGAACAUACCACACUGUCCCCUCCAUAAAAUAUUUGAGUCGAAUACAAUAACAGAACAUGAAAUUAUGGGCGUACGAACUUAGGAUACCAUGUACGGACUUCGAGCACCUGGGUCUACGGGUCAGUAUUUCUGCACUCUGCACGUGUAUUUGAAUUAGUUGAAGUCUUCGCCUUCGGCGUUUCUUUUGGAAAGAAGAAGAAGUCACUCAGUCUCAUGCAGAGUACAUGUGCGACACUGUCACGAUCACCCCGCUCUCCUAACGUCCUAUCCCGUGCGUGAGGAGUGGGGAAUAUAAAGCCGGCUUCGAAGUGUGUUCACACGCGGCGGCACAUUGAGAGCGUGACAGUGAGAGCGGUAUGGACGCCGGGGCUGCAUAUCGGACAGGGAAUCUCUUCAAGUGUCCCCAAUGUCAGCCCUCAAGCUCAAACUCACUGCCUACGCUACAGCAAAAUGGGAGUAAGUUUGGGCAAGAAAGACUUGGAGAAAGUGCAGGGCGAGUAGUUAGUUUCCGCAGCAUGAAUGAGCUCAAGCGUCACCUAGCAAGCCACCACAAAAUUGGCUCGCUAGGCCAAGCAGUUACUACAGAAGAGGCCUUGUAUCCUGGUGACGAUGUUCCAAAUGGUUCCGUUGACGAUGUGCAGGAUUGUUCUGAAGCAGGCAGCACUAGCUCAGGGCGAGCAAGCAUGGCUGGUCUCGACAGUGGCCGAGCCAGCCAGACGUCGCAACACAAUUGCUCGACGUUGGACGGCCUGGUGGAGCGCGCCCAGUCCUUGGAGGACCACCUUCGUCGUACACACGCCAGCGCAGCAUUGGUGGAUCGCAGCCGUGAGAGCUCCGAGUCGGCAGCGAAGCGCUUGUCGGCCGAGCUGCUGCGCAGCAAGCAGCAGUAUUGGACGGCCGUGGACGCCAUGCAGAAAGCACACGACGAUGUGCGCAGCAUGCGACUGAGCCUUGUCCGCGGAGAAGUGGCUGGCGUGGACAUGGAGCUAGUGGGCCAGUGCAGCAAGCUCAGUGAGGAACUUUUGGCUGUGAAGGCUUCCGACCGAAGGAGGGAGUCAGAGCUAGAGGUCGUACAGGGGCAUUGCAGAACGCUACAACUGGAGUGCACACGGCUACAGCAGGCAGCUACGGACCUUGCCGGACAAGCCGAUAAGAAUGCAGAGGUGGUCGGCGUCCUCAAGGCUGAACUAGUGGAGAAGGACAGGAGUGCCCAGCAACUCAAUCAAUUCCUCGCACUCCAAGCCAAGCGGCAGGAAGUCGCACGCGACGAGCUAAGGAACUACAUCUCCCACAUGGAGCAGCAGAUUGAAAAGCUUCAGGCCCAAUCGCCGACAGCGAGAAAAGAAUCAAUGCGAAAAGGCUCAACGAGCCUCUCAGCGUCCUUUCCGCUCGACACCAAACUUCCAGAUGAGCUUGUGGCCGUCUUCAAUGUAUCGCAGCAUGUUUCCCCGGAAGCCAUCGACCAUGACUCUGCUGAUAGUGACAGUGACAGUGAAACAAAUGAGGUGGGCAUCGAUGCACUGUCGAAUGAACAGCUGCUACACCUUUCGGGUCUUCAGGACAAGGAUGGUGACAAAUUGAUGGACUAUCUUACCGAGGAAGAGCAGGCGUGUGUUGAUGUCUUCAAGUACCUUGGUACGGCUGAUCUGUUCCGCGUCGGUGCUGUCUGUAAGAAAUGGCGUAAGCUGAGCCGCCUCCCCAAGCUCUGGACCCACAUUUCACUUGUUCAACCUAGGAUCACCAACAAGCUGCUUAAUUGGAUGGCACGAUGGUGUACUCAUAUUUAUACACUUCGACUGGAAGGAAUACAGUCCAGAGAGGCACGACCAGACGAAUCUGUGCUUGACUAUAUUACAUCAAUGAAAGGCUCACUGGAACCUGGUCUCUUGCGGCUGCUGUCAGCUGGUGGCAGGCUUGUACGGAAAGUCUACAUUGCAGACUGUGGAGUCAUGCUGACACAGAGCGCUCUUUGGACUGUAAGCUCCUGCUGCCCCUACCUGGAGGAAUUCCACUAUGUCAGCGAGGAGUACCCAGCCAGCCCAAGCUCCCUAUGGUCACUCGCUCAAGGUUGCCCUAAGAUCAGAACACUUCGAGUUCCGCCUGUACAGCUAACAGAGAAAGCGAAGGAUUUCACCGAUGACUGUGUGAAGCAAAUCGUCCAAGGAUGGCCCAACCUGACUCAUUUGGCGAUUGGCGGCCCAAGCUUGACCCUUGAUGGUUUUGUUGCACUUGCAUCGGGCUGCCCAAGGUUGGAAGUGCUAGAGUUGGAUCGAUGUGCUGCUAUCAACGAGCAUGUUGCCAUGGUUCUGUGCAAGAACGGCUUUCGGGGCUUGAGAAGACUGGAGCUGUUCCUGACCCGCAUCUCGACCCAAGCCGUCGUUACGUUUGUUGGUGCAUGCCCACGUCUCGAGAACCUCUCCAUACACAUUGGUAUAUCGGACUAUUAUAACAACACAACGGACCCAAGCAACAUUGCAGAAUUCAACUCUGCCAUUCAGGAAUUCAAGAAUCUGGCAACCAAUCAACCCUAUAAGGACAUUCUAGCCAUCAAUGCAACUUACGGAUAGUUCAAGUCCUAGGAAAGGCUUAGGGGUCGUCCGCAAUUAUCGAAAGUUUUUUCCAAUCCGUAGUAGCUUCAAAUUUUUCCUCACCCACCCACCCACCCCCCCAGUCUGUAAUAAAAUAUUGUUGAUGGACACACAACGCAACACAUAUGGAACAAACUCAAUCAGUGCUGGUCCAUCCUUGUUCGUCGUCUUGGACAACUGCCACAAGCAAUUUAUUGUUCUGUAAUAAUCAGAGUCACCAGCGGUUUUGAAAAAGGGCUGCUUCUUCACCGCCUUUCCAAACAACGUCGCCUGUCUGGACAUAGUCAAUAACAGUCGUCAGCGCCAGCGCUAGACGGAAGGACUUCAAAGGAGUGCAUGGAAGACGGUACUCUGGACGAAGGAGACAGUGAAACUCAAAAAUAGAAGGUGUCGACUCGCCGUCAAAUGCGCCGAACUUUAUGAUCCCCGGCCCAGGAGCAGCCAAGGAAGUGCGCGCGGGGGCGCAGAAACUGCCAGAACUACAAAAAUAUUAUAAGUGUAGACAGUUCGCGCGCAGCCGCGCGUGGAAAACAGGGGCUACACGUAGACGUACACGUAGCACGCACACGUGUCAUUUCGGAAGUUUUUCAAUCCGUAACUGGCCUUGACCCACCCACCCACUUUCGAAGCUACUACGGAUUGGAAAAAACUUUCGAUAAUUGCGGACGACCCCUUAGUGCUUUAAAACCCUGUAAGCCAUUUUUAGAGUCUCUAGGAACUUGUUACUUGAUAAAUCUGGGAAAAAAACUAUUCACCAUACACUUCUGGUGUGUCUUUGUCAGCUGAACUUACUAUUUCACUGAGAUGAACUCAGGUUUUUUAUAAUUCUACACAGCUUUAUUUUAGUAGCUCUGAAACUGAAAUAUAAUUCAAAUUUGUUUGGUAGUAGUAGUAGGGUAGCUCAAGAAUUUGAUUUGUAUUAUAUUAAAUUGCAGGCUGAUUGUUUUUAUUAAAAGAGACAGAAUCAAUUAUCAA